AUGGUUCAGUCUCUGACCACUGACAUUUAUGCACAGAAUACUUCGGAUUUGGGAGAGCAGAUUGUCAUUCCGAAGGAAGAGCUGAAGAACUCUCAACAGACAGACGAAAUCAUUCAGCAUGCUCUCAAGUUUCUCACCCUUGGAAGGAAACCAACUCAGAAGGAAAUCAGGGCAGCUCCUGCUGGAGUAGCCACAUUACUUCAUGAGUGGAGGAAACUUGUCAUUGCUGAUGGACUCCUGUACAGAGACUCUGUUGUGGCUGGUCAAAAGCGUCGACAGCUGGUGCUCCCGUACAAGUAUCAUAAAAUAGUGCUGGAGCAACUCCACAACAAGAUGGGUCACUUAGGAACAGAACGGGUGUGUGCUCUUGCAAGAAGCAGGUUUUACUGGCCAAAGAUGGCCAAGGACAUUGAGCAUCACAUCACAAAGGCGUGUCCAUGCUUGAAGAAUAAAGUGCCAACAGUGCAUGACAAGGCUCCAAUGGAACAUUUGAAAUCCACAGCUCCAAUGGAACUUGUGUCAGUUGAUUACCUGAAACUGGAACGAAGCAAGGGUGGAUAUGAGUACAUCCUGUUAUUAGUUGACAACUUCACAAGAUUUGCUCAGGCAUACCCAACCCAGAAUAAGUCUGGAAAGACAGCAGCAACUAAGAUAUUCAAUGACUUUGCCAUGAAAUUUGGUCUCCCUGCCAAACUCCACCAUGACCAAGGGCGCGAGUUUGAAAACCAGAUGUUUGCUGAAUUGCAGAGACUCACAGGUGUGACAAAAUCCAGAGCGACGCCAUAUCACCCCGAGGGAAAUGGCCAAGUGGAAAGGCUGAAUCGCACUUUACUGAGUAUGUUGAAGACUUUACCAGAGGAUCAUAAGUCAAACUGGGCAGCACAUGUCAACAAGAUGAUAUUCGCUUACAACAGUACCAAGAAUGAUGCUACUGGAUUCUCACCAUAUUUCCUUCUGUUUGGAAGAAAUCCAAGACUUCCAGUGGACUUAAUGUUUGACCUCCCUGAUGAUUACCCUGAACGGAAGUCAACAUUUGUGCAGCAGUGGGAACAUGGGAUGCGGAAAGCAUAUGAGGCAGCGGCGGAAAAUGCAGCAAAGGCAGCUCUGAAAGGCAAGACUAGAUAUGACAAGUCAGUGCGUAGUCAAGCGUUGCUCCCAGGUGAUCGAGUUCUCGUUCGGAAUCUCUCUGAGCGUGGAGGACCAGGGAAACUUCGUUCUUACUGGGAGGAAACCAUUCACGUGGUAGUUCGCAGGAUGGCAGAUGAUAGUCCUGUGUACGAAGUGAGACCUGAGUCUGGAAAAGGUCGAACUCGUGUGCUUCACCGGAACUUGCUGUUACAGUGUGAUGGCCUACCAAUAACAGUGCCUCAGCCGAAACCAAGCAAACCGACCAGCAGGAUGCAGAAUGUGGACAGUGGCAACAGGGAUGUCAAUAACUCAGAUGACGACGAUGAAUCGUCGGAUGAUGAGUUGUACAUUGACUUCACGCCACAGAGUAGAAACCAAGGAACUUCUGCUCUACCAGCUCGUGUAAGACAUUUACCACAGCCUGAACCAAGCCCAGUAUCCACGCCUGUACAGCCUGAACGUCGUCAGCGAGUCCCGCCCAAAAGGUUUACGUAUGAUCAGUUGGGUGUACCAUCGAUUUAUGAGAUGAAUACAGGAGUGCAGGCAUAUCCGGGGUAUCAAAUCAACCCAGGGUAUGUGACAGCCCCUCCAGGUGUUCAUGGUUACCAGUUUGUCUAG